AUGAUUCCGCGCGGGGACCACCUCAUUAAUGAAAAGCAAAGGAACAAGGGACUGCCAGACUGGAAUAUCGAGGUGAUUACCAUGAUCAGGAAAGGAUUGAGAGUCAAGCAAAGCAUUACCAAGUUUGCCGAUGGUAUAAACCGGAUGCAGAAUUCUACGUAA